AUGCCGGUGCCUCUUGCGCCCCUCACGUUUCGCCUUGCACUGUCGACCUCACCUCGUCCGGCGUCGCCUCACGCGCGUUCUUUUCUUCCUUUUCCAUCUCGCGCAAGAAGAAAACAGAGCGCCUUCUCUCCUGUCUUUCUUCACUGUCCGCAUUUGCCUUCUGCGUCUGCCUCUGCUGCUCAGCUGUCAGCUCCUCGCGAGUCUCUACGAUGCCGCCCUUGGCAACCUCUCUCCGGUUCUUUUCUGUCCUCCUCGUUUUGUCGACCUGACUCUGUUUUCGAGCAGUCACUGUCUGGCUUUUUCUCUCCCCAGGAGUCUCCUUUGUCCUCAGGCGCUUCAGCCUCUCCUGCUGGCACUCACUCGCCGCGACUGGGUCUCUGCCUCACAGGCCUUUCGCGUAACUCUUUCCCGACGCUUUCGCUUUCCAUUCUGUCCUCUCCUUCUCUCUCUCGUUCUCUCUCUCUUCCCUCUCCCCUCUCUUCUCUCUCUUCAUCGUCUCUCUCUGUUUUUCAUUCUCGUUUUACUUCUUUCUCGGCUGCGCCUGUGCAUCCUUUGUUUUUCCGAUCUGCGGUCCGUUCUCUGCCUUUCUGCUCUCACCUUCGGUCGCUGAAUAUUCCCCCGAGUCGAGAUGGAGGGUGCGGCCGGCUCAGAGGCGAAGGCCAAGAAGGCGACGUCGUUACCGUUUCGCAGUUGCGCCGUAAACAGACCUGCCUGAGACGGGGACAACGGUCUGCUUCAGCGCCUUCCUGGGUCGCGCCUCGACUCUCUCGUCGGUGUUUGUCUCCUUGGGGAGUCUCAAGCCUGGCGUCGGAGGGAGCGGGCCAGAGCGGCGCUCGCAGAGAUCGAGAAGGAGUGAAGUCGCGUCGCAGGCAGCCAGAAGAGAACCGAGAGAGGGAGAAGCGAGGCAAGAAAAAACAAGGAACGGAUGCAGUGCGCCUGCCGCCUGGGUCUGCCUCUUCGCAGGCUCGGACUGGGUUCCUCUGUCUGUUGCUCGCUGGAACUCUUGCGGGUGACAGCAUCGCGCGCGAAGAGACGAAGGAGGAACGCUCGCUCAGAGGAAAGGCCGCCGCACAGAGACAAAACACUGAUGAGUCGACAAGGCAAGAAGUUCGGGCACCCGCAGGCGACAGUCGCGGGAAGCCAAGGAGUCGAGAAUCGGGGAUAGCGCGAGGUUGCGCGGUAGCUGAGCGACGAGAAAGGCGCGUAGCUCGCAUGAAGGAAAUGGAAACCACGAGAGAGGAAAUCCGCGGCCGGAAGACAUGCGGCGCGGAAGGUCAGAUGGAGUGUGGAGACAGAGGCAACAGAAGACAAGCAUCUGAGGCCGGCAAGGGGGGGUCGCUGGCGUCUACUCGACCGAGAAAAUUCCAGUCAAGUAGAGAACCGAGCAGAGAACAGGGCGCGCGUUUCAGCCGCGACCAACGGACGGAGCUUCUUCCAGUUGUGGAAGGAGGAAAUGUCACUCCUGACAGCUCUUAUGAAGCAUCAUCCCUCGGUCCCUCUCCUCCAACUUGCUGUUCUCGCAUUUCGUUGUAUCUCUCUCGGAGUUCAUCUUUUUCCUAUUCGCCGUCUUCCCAUUCUCUUUCUUCUCCCCGUUCUUCGUCUGCCUCUUCAUCUGCGUCUUCUCGUUUGUCUCGCGGCUGUCUCUUCCCCCCUCUGUCUUGCGCUGGUGUCCGUCCAGCCGCAUGUCGCGCAUUCGCAGACACUGCAGAAACGCAGUUUCUUUGCCCUGUUCGGGGAGAGGAGGAUUGGCGACUGCAUCCCGAGAAAGGCCGCUCGUUCUCGCUUCGUUCGCCGUCUUUCUCCGGCCCCGUUGGUGUUCCCGCUCUCGACGAGGCGGAAGAGGAACUCGCGGCGCUCUGCGUCUCCCGACUGCCGAGCGCGGGGAAGGAGCCCAGCGUGACCGUGACCCCAGAAGCCGAGACCGAAACGGAGGCCUGGGAGGCGGACGCAGGCGAGAAUGCCGAAGAGAAGCAGUCGCUUUCUGCGCGCAUCAGAUGGCAAUGCUUGCUGCUGUGGAAAGUCCUGCAACUGAUCGCAGUCGCCCUCCCCCUUGCAGUCUGCGCCGGAGCCGCCGUGCUCGCGCUGGCCGGCCUGCGGUACCUGGCCGGUGUACAUACACCGGGGGACAGCUCGGAGACGCCUCGCCACACGACGGAGACGCUUCAGGAGGUUCUCGAGCAAGCCUUGUUCCGGAUGAUUGGCGCAGCUGCGACUGCUGCUGGACCCACCUACGUCAAGUGCCUCCAGUGGGCGGGGACUCGCCACGACCUUUUUCCCCCGAGCCUUUGCAACUUCUGCGCGACAUUCCAGAGGCAACCGGCAGGGUCUGCGUUCGCCUAUCCACACGUUGCGCUUCUCCUGAGAUCACGCUUCGGAGACGACUGGAAAGAGGAACUCAUCCUUGAUCCGAAGCCUGUGGGGAGUGGCUGCAUCGCCGUCGUUUUUCGAGGCCUCCUCCGUCUCCACGUGAGGCUGGAAGACCCCACACAUCGCGACUUUCUCUCCCAGGCCUUUUACGCUUUCGACGCACCGCAGACAGAAGGAGACUCUCCUCGCGAGGCGUCCACGAACUCACAAGCUGCGGGCGCGACUGCGUUGGCUGUCGCAGGAACCUGCGCGGGCCUUGCCGCUGCGUCGGGUCCUGCAGGCGCGUUGGGCUCCAGUGUCUCCUCAGCCGCGGCGCCGGGCCCUGCAGGCGCGUUGGGCUCCAGUGUCUCCUCAGCCGCGGCGCCAGGGGCGGCUGGGGCCCUGGCUGCCGGAGCGGCGGCUCUGGCCGUGGAGGGGGCGAGAGUGGUGGAGACCUCGGUCUCUGCAGAGGCCGAAGAGGACCGAAGAGAGAAGGCGUUUGCCCGUGGAACGCAGUCGGAUGACGCUGUGGCGCUCGGACGCCUCUCGCCAGACGUCUGGGAAGCAGACAGAUUGGCUCCGCGACAGCAGAGACAGGAAGAAACAGCUGGCGGACGUUGCGAGCGUCCGAGCGGAGAGCGCCAUGAUUUGCAAGAGCACCCGCGCGAAAAGAUCCUGUGGAUGUGUGUGGCUCUGAAGGUCGUGAAACCCAACACAAGAGAUGCCAUGGAGGCAGACCUGGUUAUUCUCCAGGCUCUCGCAAAACUCGUUGACAGCCUGCCAGGCAUGCAGUGGCUGAAUCUCUCCCCAGGAGCCAAGGAAUUUGCAGAGACGAUGCAGAGACAGCUCAACUUGGAAACGGAGGCGUCAAAUGUCAUGAGGUUUCGCCACGACUUCAACUUACCUUCGCCAUCGUUUCCUUCUUCUCUCUCUCCACUCUGCAAACGGAAGAAGAACCGUCAUUCUUCGUCCGCUUCUCCAUCUUCUUCGUCUCCUUCUGCUGCUUCUUCGUCUCCUUCUUCUCCUUCUCUUUUUUCUCCGUUAUUUCCUUGGCUGGCGAGUCUGCUUCCUUCGUUUCGGCUGUCCAAUGCGUCGCCGUCUGCUCCUCCGGGAGUGGCGUUUCCUCUGCCGCUGCUGCCUCUGUGCGACGCAGACUUGUUGGUCAUGACUCUUGAAGAAGGACUCCCCCUCGACCUGCUGCUUCACUUCUCCAACGAGCGCCGCAGAGCGACGGCGCGAGAAGUGCAUGCAGAGACCGGCAGUCGACUGCUCUCUGCAGUGACGCACUUCGCUUCUCGGUCGGACGACCGACAGACGUUCCUCGACGCAGACGCCCGCAAACGAAUGAGAGACACAAACAGAGACGUCGAAGCUGGCAGAGGCGUACACGGAGACAGAGAAGGAGGGGAGAUCCGUCACCACGCGAGCGAAGAGAGAGGCUCACAUCCGAGGGAGGCAGUGAAGAAGAGAGCAAGCGAAGGAGAACUCGAGACAGAUGAUGGGUCAAGUCUGGAGGCGGAGCUGGUGAGAGCCGCCAAGAUCGCUGCGAGGCAGGUAGACGAGAAUCGCGAACGCAUCGGCCUCGCUGCUCUGCAUGCCUUUCUGCAAAUGCUGCUCCUCAACAACUUCCUGCAUGCAGAUCUCCACCCCGGGAACGUCUUGCUGCGUCGCGCCCGCGUUCUACUUCCGCCCGACGAGUCUACGACGCAGGCGACUGCUGGCGGGCAGGAGGCCGGCGAAGGAGAAACCGAGAGCUUGGAACGCGUUCAGUCUGUCGGAGCUCUUUCAAAACAUGCGAGCAGUGCCAUUCCUGUCAUCCCGCUUGCUCGCUUCGGGCCGCGCGACUCCAACGAUCGCAGUCACCGUCCGCAAACGCAGUCACUUUCUCCUGCUGCCGCUCCUUCCUCUUCUCCUCCUCUUUCUCCCUCUACUUCAUCUUCUCCCUCUAGUUCAUCUUCUGCCUCUAGUUCAUCUUCUGCCUCUUUCUCUUCCUCGCCUUCAUCUCUUUCGAGUGUAGAAGAGGACCACGGGGAGAGCGAAGUGAGGAUUCGCGACUCUUGCUUCUCGCCGCAGCUGCAGCUUGUCUUCCUGGACUCGGGAUUGGCGGCUUCGCUCGACGGUCCGGACUUUGAAAACUUUCUGCUUCUUCUCAAAGCCGUUGCCCUUGCCCGAGGCGAACAAGCGGGAAGACUUCUUGUGGAGAGAGCGCGACGGCGACUGGCGGACUCCGACGCCGAGGCCUUCGUCCGAGGGGUGGCUGAGGUAGUCAAGAAAUAUCACUCCGAAGACGGCGAUGGCUUUCGUCUCGCAGCGGUUCAACUCGGAGAAGUCUUCUCCAAAAUGUUCGAACUCAGCCGUCAACACCGUGUCGUCCUCGACAGUCAAUUUGCAAACGUUUUCUUGGCCAUGAGCAUUCUGGAGGGUGUAGGCAAGCAGCUCGACCCGCAUGUGGACGUCUUGAAGACAGCGCUCCCGUACACCAUUCGAGCUGUGAAGAAGCUGUAUUUGUCUAGGAAGAUCCAGGGCCAGUCGCGCGGAGACGGCAGAGAAGACGCGAUUUCUGAACUCGUUUCUUGAACCUGCGUCCUGUUGCCGGAUGUGAGGGAGAGCAGAGAGUUGGAAGAAGCAUGGAGAGGCGCGCAGGUGCGUUCAAGACUGGAAGCGCUCGUUGGGAGGAAAGGACCAGGCGACGGCAGAGUGACGCGAAGGACGUUUCAGAGAGAUUGAAGAUGUGUUGAAGGAGAGAGAGAAAGCGUGAGUGAAAAUGAGGGAGAAACAUUUGGGCUUGGGUGGCCGCGUCGUCGCUCGGGGGAAAGGAGAAUCGUUCUGGCUGCGCAGUGCUACUGUGAAGACGACGUAUUCUUCGAUUUAAACGCAGAAACGUUUUUUGGAACUUUAGAUUUUAAGAUAUUCUCCGAACUU